ACGACUGCGGACGGCGCAGGAUCUAAACGCUAGGCGCUUCACGCUCGCUCGCUCCUUCGGUUGCUCGGCGCUCGGUCGCUCGCUCGCUCCGUGUGCUUUCGAAGAACCAACGCAUCGUGCCUGGCAGCCAGGGCGCGCCACAUCACACAUUCAACACAGUAUACGCAAAGCUACCGCCGCCUGGGUUGCGUAUCCUCGUGGUUUACUCACUUAUCUCGGCUGAAUAUUCCAGAGACGUUCGUGGCCGGAUCUACUUUCGAACGUCCCGCGUGUGACGAUACGGCGUGUCGCGCGGAUCGUCCGGUCGUGAAACGCAGCGCGCCGUCUGUUUCUCGAUCGAGAAGAGCGCGAGUAGCCCUCUGAGGCUCUGUGUCCUGCCAUUCGCCACAUGUAAUAUCCCAAGUACUAGGGGAUCUGGGAAGUUUACCUGCAGACGUGCGAGCACGGGACACUCGUCAUUGAUCAUCGCGCUUGGAUAACCGGCGCGGAUAGAGUAAGGCAGGCAGGCAACACGAGGUGGACAACGUCGGUCUAGAAACGCGCGGGAUUUUAAUAUACGUGGAGCUGGAGCGUUUGGUCGCCGUCGCCGUAAAUGAUCGCGUGGUGAAAAUACCUCCGGUGCUUAAUGUAUUUCAUUGGAGGAUGUAUCGUGCACAGUGACAUCCCUUGUAUCAACGUAUACUACCCCCAUUCUCAGUGUUAAUGAGUGAGAUUCUCGUCGUUCUUAUUCCAACUAAUCGCGUUCUAUUUAAUACGCUCUUAAUACGGUUGACAGCUAGAGUGACAGUGCGGACAGCCACCCAUCGCGUCGUCCGUCCGUUUAUCUUCGCGUUCACCCACCCCGUGUAAUGUUUUCCGUUUAUCUCUUUUAUCGCGUGUGAUACCCACCUUUAUCCCUCGUCGCGAUUUUCCUACGUUUUCCGCUUAUAGGCAUUUUUCGCGUAUCGGUGCGUGUUUUAUCAUCGAGCCUCCCGGGGGUUGUUUCCUGCAGUGUACUCUCUCUCUCCACUUGGGAUCUUAAUAUAGAUCAAGAUCUGUUAUACUGGCAUUGCAAACAGCCAGAGUCAUCUUUAUUACUGAAGCAGCUACGAGAGGAAGUGUCUGACACCCCUGUGGAACCACGUGCUCGCGCGAGUUCGACUCCUGUUGUGAUGCUGCAAGACUGACACAAGGAAUAGUCGUAAUCGAAUUGCAAAAGGUGCAAAGAUGAGGAAACACGAGAGCAUCCCUUCGCGGACCGCGCUCUGCUGACGUCACACCCUACCCCAUCACGAUUUUAAUUUUAAGGACGAUACGUGCUCGCUCUGCUCGGACUUGGAGUGACACGAAGGUCGUAGGUCGACGACGACGACGACCACGACCAACGUCCACGCGAAUACUGUGCUCAUAAGGUGUCUACAACAGUGCUUGGAAAUAAAACACGCGGACCGCGGGUUGAGUUUUCGACCGUUUUUUUGUGUAAGACGUAACAGUGCUUAAUCGGACUACUAUUGCCAUUUGAAGAAACACAGUGAGUCACAUUAGAAAGGUUUGAAUAUUGUGGAAAAAGUGAAGUGAGGCUUCGUCGCUACUCUGGGGAAAAACAGCCGCUACGGUGGCUCAGCACGCAGAGUUCCCCGGCGCGGCCAGGGCGUUCAUGGCGCAGCCAAGGUACGACGAUGGCGGGCUGCACGGGGGUUACCUUGAAGGUGGCGGUGGCGGCGGGGGAGCAGGACUGUACGACCCCCACGGGAGUGCCCGGGGUGUUCCUGGCCUCCACCACAGUCCACACCUCGGGGGCAUGGGUCCAGCACAUCCUCAAUAUCCUCCGCCACCGCCCCAACCGCCCCAACACGUUCUCGCAGCGGCAGCAGCAGCCGCUGCGUCUGCGGUGCCUGACGUCCACAAACGCGACAAAGACGCCAUCUAUGGACACCCCCUGUUUCCGCUACUCGCGCUAAUCUUCGAGAAGUGCGAGCUCGCGACGUGCACACCACGAGAACCCGGUGUCGCCGGUGGCGACGUCUGCUCCUCGGAGAGCUUCAACGAGGACAUCGCCGUCUUCUCCAAGCAGAUCAGACAAGAGAAGCCGUACUACAUAGCAGACCCGGAGGUGGACUCGCUGAUGGUUCAAGCGAUUCAAGUCCUCCGGUUUCACCUCCUCGAGCUUGAAAAGGUUCACGAGCUCUGCGACAACUUCUGCCACCGAUACAUCAGCUGUUUGAAGGGCAAGAUGCCGAUAGACCUGGUGAUCGACGACCGGGAGAGUACGAAGCCACCGGAAAUGGGGAACGGACUGGACGGCGGACCCAGGAGCACCGCCGACAGCACCAGCCACACGGACGGAGCCAGCACGCCGGACGUCAGGCCACCCUCCUCGUCGCUAUCGUACCCUGGUGCGGGUGGAAAUGACGAUGCACGUAGUCCCGGUAGCGGUGGUACACCGGGUCCCCUUAGCCAACAGGCCCCGACCAGCCUGGAUUCAUCCGACCCCGACGCCAUGGGUAAAUGGUGUCCUCGUAGAGAAUGGAGUUCACCUCCCGAUGCGCAAAGAGCGGCGAGCGACGCGGCGCGUCGCGGCGUCCUAUACUCCUCCGUCUUCCUCGGCAGUCCGGGUGACGCGAGUAACGCGAGUAUCGGUAGUGGCGAAGGGACGGGCGAGGAAGAUGACGACUCGUCGGGAAAGAAGAACCAAAAGAAGAGGGGUAUCUUCCCCAAGGUCGCGACCAACAUCCUCAGGGCGUGGCUCUUCCAACACCUCACGCAUCCGUAUCCUUCGGAGGACCAGAAAAAACAGUUGGCGCAGGACACGGGGCUGACGAUUCUUCAAGUUAACAACUGGUUUAUCAAUGCGAGACGUAGAAUUGUUCAACCUAUGAUCGACCAGAGCAAUAGAGCCGUGUUUCCGCCAUUGUCUGCAGGUCCAAGUGGGGCGUAUAGUCCGGAUGCGACGAUGGGUUACAUGAUGGACGGACAGGCGGCCAGCAUGAUGCACCGACCACCGGGUGAUCCCACCUUCCACAACCAGUACCAUUAUCCCCCCGAGUACUACGGACAUCACUUAUAAAAGCUGAAUGCCGGCUAAGUGGAAGGACGACGAGGAGGUUCGUGCGACGGACGAAGUGGGAUGAAACCUGAGAGCUCCGAGCUUAGGAAGCGGGAGCACCGAAGAGGACCUCGACGAGUAUGGCGGCAUUUGCGAGAAACGGAACGGAACGUCGAAACGACGAGGAAUCCGUAUCCCGUGUAACUUACCCGCCCGUGCUGCCGCUACUCUGCUGCUGGAGGAACCUUCAGUGUCAAGUGGUCUCCGUUUUGUGCCACUAGCUGUGCCACGAGAAUAAGGAAUGAAUGUUGGACGACGUCACGAGCCACCUGAUAGAGAUAAUGGGGGUUUAUAUCUGGGGAGGAAUAGAGAGUCGGCGUGAACCGUCGUGGAUGACGGUUAAACCAACCAUAACCUACACUAGAAGUGCGGCCAAAGGAUUAAGGAGGGUCGCGAGAAAUUCAUGUGAUUGUUCUUUGUACAAAAUAUUGCGGUGUAAUAUUGUAGUGAUUGAAAUAUAAAUGUUAAAUUUUAAUACGAUUGCAAUGGAGAGACUAUAUAAUGAAUAUAUAGUAAUAUAGGCAAUUAGCGGGCAUGUACAUUACACCGGUGCUCGCACGGAAUGUCCACAAGCAAAGACCGAUCGUAUACUAAAAAAACAAAUAUGAGGAACGAAGAAGCAAGAGAAACCGGGGAUUAGGAGCGGAGAACCGAGGUGAAGAAGGCAGCAGGAAGCCGAAAGCGUGCUAUAUUAAAAAAAAAAAAAAAAGAGAAAUUAAGAAAGAAAUGGAGAAA